AUGUUCGGUGCAGCGGUCGCCCUUCCCGAUGGUCGAGCUUUUGUGGCGGGCGGCUGUUACCUGCGCUAUCCAUUCCCGGAGGGCGCGCAUGUCAGUGUAGAGUUCUGCAACCUGCAGUCAAACUACCAAUCAGACGACGCCAGUGAGUUCUGGCAACUAGCUGCACCCAUGAUCCACACCUGCAACUCAUUCGCUAUUGCCUAUUUUAAGAGAAUGGUAAUUGCCGCUGGUAGCGGGCCCGAGGGACAGGAAGUCGAGGUCUUCUCCCCACCGGACGUAGAUCAUCGUCUCGGUCAGUGGACCCAAAACACAACAAUGUCCGCAUUACAGUCAUGUUCAGCCCUUCUCAUCUGUAAUGAUCGACUGUUUGCUUUUGUGGGUGAUUAA